AUGGCAGUACGCUGGUAUAUGUUCUGCUUGGCGGCUGCGGCAGGACUGCUAUUGCCAGUCCCAUUCUUUCUGUCCGCAAGCGAAACACUUCAGGUCGUGAACAGGAUCGAUUCGUCAAAGCCACUGAAGAUGGUGAAGGACGCGACCUUGUCCACAGUAUCCUACUUGACGGGCAAUUGUCCGGCCUUUGAUGCUGUCGGCGAAGUCACUCUGUGUUUGGGGGCUGAGGCCAACGAUUCCGCAAACCAUGAAGUCUGGGAUCAAGCAGCGUGGGUCACGAAACACGUGCUGAUGCGAACCAUUGACGAUGCUUUCGAAGUCAAAAAUCUACCCCAAGCACGCUUUAUAUAUCCAGCAGCCGCAGGGUUUGGCAACUGGCAAGUUCGAGUUUCCCCAUCGAGCCCUGACCUAGCACGGUCGGGCUGGUAUCUGCCACCGACGACCGAAGACCUUCUACAAGAUUGUGCAGAGAGUGUGGAAGGGGAGGCUGUCUUCUUCAGGGGAUUCUUCUUCAAGAAGUUUCAGUAUGGACAUGUUCUGCAUGACUUGCUGCCAGUUCUUGUUUGGAUGAGCACCUCUCACCCCGAAGCACGAAUAGUUCUGGAGUUGGACACGCAGAAAAAUAUCCAGAAGUUCCUCGCGUGGUUUGAUCCGAAGCUGUACCAGCGGACUUCUUUCGUACAGUCCGAGCAAGUGGUGUGCGCAUCUUCACUGUGGGUGGUGGUCCCAAAGGCUCCGAGCCCACACGGACUUCGCAUUCCCGCUCUGUUUAAUCACUUGCGCAGGCAUAUCGCACAGGUGCAGCCUACCUACAACGCAACGAGGGUUGUGUACACCCUUCGAAUGUCUUCCACAGCAGGACACGGCCGGCUUUUGACAACUGAACAUUCUCAGGAGGUUGUGCAGAUCGCCAAAGACGCCCUGAAUCGGCACGGGCUGUCGUCAGAAAUCGUGGUCUUCAAUGGUACGUCGGACGGCAAGAAUGCGGCAUCUUACGAAGAGCAGCAUCGCCUGUUUAGCUCUGCCAUCCUCGUUUUCGGCCCACAUGGAACUGCUUUCUCAAAUAUCCUCUGGAUGCCCUGUGCCAUCCAUACGGCGGUAAUCGAGUUCAUUUGUGGUGCCCACUCUCUGAAGGUCCGUGGCUGCGACCUACCGGACGGCAGCGUCCGCUUGGCUACUUACUUCAGCUUGGAAGGAAGCAUUUCUUGGGUGAAGUACUUCCACGUCAUGACACAGGGAGUGUCCGACGAAGUCAGCAAUUUCAUGGAAGUCGACUUAGCCGGAUUUCGGCAGGCCUUGGAUGCGGCUUUGGACCAUGUGCAGCGCAAGCCCUGA